AAUUCAGAACACAAGGAAGUGAAGAAGACGAGGCGGACGUUAACAGGAAGCGCUUGUGUGUUUGGGGACGUCAACACUUUUCCUCGAGCACCUCUGGUCGUUUUUCCUCUUCGUUCGCUGCAUCUGUGAGCGGUUUGAUGGAGCAGCGGCGGGGAGAUCAUCACUGAGCAUCGCUACAGACCGAGCGGAUCGUGAGAGUUUGUGGACAGACCGGGCUUCAUGUUCGAGGAUGAUAAUGGCAGCAGCAGCAAGCAAUGAGAGUCCUAACAGAAGCACCGAAGAUAAAACAUCCGCCCGAAGACAGAAUGAAGUCAACAAGAAGUUGAAGUACAUCAGUUUGGCGAUUCUGGUGAUCCAGAAUGCAUCGCUCAUCCUCAGCAUCCGGUACGUGCGGACGUUGCCAGGAGAUCAUUUCUACACCACGUCAGCCGUGGUGAUGGCAGAAGUUCUUAAAGUCCUCACCUGUGUGCUCAUCAUCCUGAUACAGAAGAGAGGUAAUGUGAAGUCCUUUGUGUCGUUGUUGUAUGACUCUCUAGUCGUACAGUAUUUGGACACACUGAAGUUAGCAGUCCCGUCACUCAUCUACACUUUACAGAACAACCUGCAGUAUGUGGCCAUUUCCAAUUUACCAGCAGCCACUUUCCAGGUCACAUAUCAGCUGAAGAUCUUGACCACAGCGUUGUUUUCAGUGCUCAUGCUGCGCAAGAGUCUGUCUAAAAUCCAGUGGAUCUCUCUAGUGCUGCUGUUUGCCGGUGUGGCGAUCGUCCAGGUGGAGCAGGAGGGCGGAAAACAGAAGGAGGCUGUGACCAGCACCAACCAAAGCUAUUUCAAGGGCCUGGUGUCUGUGAUCAUUUCUUGCUUAUCCUCCGGGUUUGCCGGCGUUUACUUUGAGAAGAUCUUGAAGGGCAGCUCGGCCUCGGUGUGGAUGAGAAACAUCCAGCUCGGGAUCUUCGGGACUCUUUUGGGUCUCCUCGGCAUGUGGUGGAACGACGGCGCCGCCAUCGCAGAGAAAGGCUUCCUGUUUGGCUACACGCCCAUGGUGUGGGGCGUCAUCUUCAACCAGGCGUUCGGUGGUCUCCUGGUAGCUGUUGUCGUAAAAUACGCGGACAACAUUCUCAAAGGCUUCGCCACCUCUUUUUCCAUCAUCGUGUCCACGAUCACUUCGGUCUACCUCUUCGGCUUCCACGUGGACCUGAUCUUCACACUGGGUGCGGGAUUGGUCAUCGGAGCCGUCUACAUGUACAGUCUCCCCAAACCAAACACAAGCACUUCCAGCACCAGCACAUCUUCAUCUAGUCACAGCAAAGCAGGAGACCCGGAGCUGGAUGCUUUCCUCCCAAAUCCCAAGGCUCCAGGAAAGAAGAAAAGAAACUGAAGAAACAUGAUAAAUGAGAAAAGAUGAUAAGAACACAUUGUGCCUACAGGGCCUACACUCCUGCCCUAUUUCCAAAGGAAAAGAUGAGGGUUAUAUUUCAAGUGCCUUAUUAUGCUCACAAUAUUACACUCUGUUAUGAAAGAUGGAACUUCUAAACGAAACUGUGCUGACUUACUUUAUGGUACCUCAUAUUUAUUCUGUUGCCUUAUUGUUUUGCAUUUGAUAUUGUGAUUGACUGAAGUUAUAAUACUAGUGUAAACAGAUUUUGUGUUUUGAAUGCUGGAACUGGAAAAAUGAAUUGAAAAUCCUCAUCAUACUUGGAUUUCAAAAGGUGCUGCCUUAUAAUUAAAUCUUUGUUAGGCAUUCUUAGUAUAGUUUUUUAUUAAAGUGUUGUCAUAUGUGUUAAUUUGCCUUGUGUUUUUUGUAGUGCCUUAUACAUUUCAUCUGUUUAAUGUGUGAGAGUAUAUAAAAGUCAAGCAAACUUUAUUUUCUCCAAAGUGCACUUUCAAAUUUUAACUCAUUUAUGUUAAAUAGCCUAUGCUAAUAAACCUUAGUGCACCUCUUUAGAUGACAAAAAUGCCAUUUCUGACCUAAACACAUUAUGUAAGAGGGUAGUCACUGUGUUCUUUUUGCACGGGGUUUGAUUUAUUAUAUCCGAGCAGUGAAAUGUGAAAAGCAUUGGGCUCUUGAACAUAUAAUUGCCUGAUCAUGUCAUUAUUCAAGAGAGCAGAUCUAAAACUAAACUAAAUGUUUGAUCAUGUCAGAAGAUAAAUAAUUAUU